AUGACCGCUGGAGACUCCUCAGCCCGCGACGUUGAAGUGCCCGCCUCGCCCCUCGUCCACGAUACCCCGCUAUCCUUCCCGGACCUGUGCGCCCGCAUCCAUGACCGCGUCGGUGCGUUUCUCCGCGAGCAGCCCGCCUCGGAACGCCUCAAGAGCUUGCAGCAGCAGACGCGCAUCUCGCUGGAUGUCAUAGAAGAGGCACUGGACAAAUAUAGACUACCUGAGCUCUCCCUCGCAUACAAUGGCGGAAAGGAUUGUCUCGUCCUCCUGAUCCUCUACCUCUGCGCCCUACACCGCAAAGGCCUCACCCCCGCCGACCCCAACUCAAACCCCGAGACCGCCAUCAAAUGCGUCUACAUCCAGGCGCCGCACCCGUUCCAAGAAGUAGAGGACUUUGUCGAAGUCUCAGUAAAAACAUACUCCUUACAUCUCCUUGAAUACGCAAAACCGAUGAAGGCCGCCUUCGCAGACUACCUCCACGACACACCCUCCGUUAAAGCCAUAUUCGUCGGCACACGACGUACAGAUCCUCAUGGCGAGCAUUUAAAGCAUUUCGAUCCGACGGAUUCGGGGUGGCCGGCCUUCAUGCGCAUACAUCCUGUGAUAGACUGGCACUACGUAGACAUUUGGACGUUCAUCCGCCACCUCAAUAUUCCCUACUGCAAGCUCUACGAUCGCGGGUACACCUCGCUCGGCGGCACAGACGACACCCAUCCCAACCCCGCGCUCGCAGCUGCAAAGCAGGCUGGGAAUGGUGACGCAGCGAGUACGUCGAAUGGAGCCUCGUUCAGGCCUGCAUAUGAGCUUGUAGACGAUUAUGAAGAACGACUGGGACGAGAUCGAUAG